AUGGAUAGUGUUGAGGAAAAGGAGGCCCCCAUCCUUGACUUGUCACCCAUGUGCAAAGAACCAUCCUCCAUGAGCUUUUUGGUCAGGGCCAGCAACGGUUCUCCUGAGCCCAUAUUGGGAAGGGUGUCUCAUAAAUUUGAAAAGAACAAACUCCUGGCCGGAAUCAGGAAUCAGACGCAAGUGGUGGAAUUUGUCUUCCUGGGUUUCUCUGGAAUUUCAUACGGCCACACCUACCUCUCCCUGGUAUUUCUAGCCAUCUACUUGGUCACUGUACUGGGGAAUCUCAUGAUAUUUAUUAUGAUUCAACUGGAUUCCAGCCUCCACACCCCCAUGUAUUAUUUCCUCAGCCACCUCUCCUGCUUAGAUAUCUGCCUCUCUUCGGUCACAGUUCCUAAGAUCCUAGUGAACUUUUUGCGCCAGCAACAGACCAUCUCCUACAACCAGUGUAUGGCCCAGAUGUUCUUCCUGAUGUCUUUCACGGGAGCAGAAGGGGGCCUGCUGGCUGUCAUGGCCUACGACCGCUACGCCGCCAUCUGCAAACCUUUGCAUUACUCCCACCUCAUGAACACCAAGGUGUGCACCGUACUGGCCUUUGCCACGUGGAUCUGGGGCUUCCUAGACUCCGCUCUUCAUACAGCUCUCAGCUUCAGGUUGGACUUCUGUGGAGUCAACCAGAUUCAUCACAUCUUCUGCGAUCUCCCUCCACUGAUGAAAAUGGCUUGCAAUGAUGCACACAUCAAUGAAUUGGCUAUCCGCAUAGCAAGCAUUUUUGCAGGUGGGGGCCCCUUUGUGUUCAUUGUUUUCUCAUAUGUCUUCAUCCUGUCCUCCAUCUUGAAGAUCCGUUCCACCUCUGGGAAGCGCAAAGCUUUUUCCACCUGUGCUUCACAUGUCAUUGUUGUCUUCAUUUACUAUGGGAAUGCAUUACUGAAUUAUAACAGUCCAAGUGGUGGUUACUCCUUGGCGACGGGCACUUUGGUCUCCACCAUGUACUGCGUCAUCACCCCAAUGCUGAACCCCAUCAUUUACAGCCUCCGCAACAAGGAGGUGAAGGGGGCCCUCAAGAAGGCAGUGGAAAGCUGGAGGAAGUAUAAGCAUCACCACCCUAUAAGCUAG